AUGGUUGAAUCAAGAUUUGCCAACAAACAAGAAGAUAUCACAGUCAACAAGGAAGGUCCAAGUCAGAUCCAAGAGGAGACAGACCGUAAAAAGAGAGUCUUGAAAGAAAAUCUUCGUCAAUUAUACUUUCCCGGAAAAAGGAUAUUCAACACCAGUUUAUUUAUCGUUGGAUUGGCCUUUAUCGCCAAUGCUGUUUUACUCUAUGUGGAUACGUUAACCACAAUUCUUCAUGCUGACAUUUUCUUUGGAUUUUCAAAGCAAGGAAGAAAUGAUCACUUGCAAAGAUCUUCAGCCGUUCUUGGUUUUGUAGUCGGAUUCUUGAACUUGUAUUGUGCCAGCAUUGAGAAGAACAAGGCCCUCACCACUUACACGCUUUUUGCAGAUGGCUUUUCAAUUCUUCACUAUCUCGCUGAAACUUUCUAUUUCAAGAGCAUUCGUUAUGAAUACACCGCAUUGGUGACUGUAUUCUUGUUGUUCAACUUCAUUUGGGCUGUUCGUAAUUACUAUUAUGAAUUAAGAUUGGUCCAAGAAAAGAAGAUUAAUCAACAACGUGGACGAGAAACUCAGCAAGAAGACAUUUAUGUACAUGAGGAUUAA